UCACAGUCAUGUGAUACGCGCUGCCUGCUCCCCCGUCACAGGAUAUAUCACUUGGACAGACGACCGAAGUUGAAUUAAGUUGAACUGUUUCAACUUUUCGACACCCCUGGUUUUUAAAACAAUGGCGGAUCAUCAGUUUGCCAUCGUAAUGUCUGUAAUUACUUUGUUUUGGGGUCUCGUUGGAGGAGUUGUGCCCUGGUUUAUCCCCAAAGGACCCAACAGAGGAGUUAUUAUCACAAUGUUGGUGCUUACUGCAGUCUGCUGUUACCUCUUCUGGUUGAUAGCAAUUCUGGCUCAGCUGAACCCACUCUUUGGGCCAUCCCUGUCCACUGACAUCAUCUGGUACCUGAACUUGGCCUGGGAUUAACUUGCCUUUCAAGAACUCCUUACUUUGCAGCAUCGAUGGCCUGGACGCUGAUGCUGUCGCCUUCCGGACACCAUUACUCAGCUCACCGAAAACCAAGAACUCUUGUGCCUUUAGUUUCGGAGUGACGUCGGCAUGGGUGCCUUGCUUAAAAUGAUCUUCAAAGAUUUAAGAGAUAUUACGUGAUUUUUCUGAACCUUAAAUUGAAACGGCCUUCACUUGCUGCUGUGUUUAUAUGUUGUGUACAUUGUGUGUAAUAUGAGUGACGUUUAAUUAAAUUGUUCUGAGGCUGACACAA